AUGAGUACAAUGAAGAAAUUAACUUCAAUAGACUCAACUCAAAUUUAUGUAUUCAACUUCAAUCAUGGAAACGAAACUGUUGGGCUAAUCAAGCUGUACCAUCAUCCGAUUAAGCUCACGUGCUCAAAAACUAUACUUCUUCAUUCGGUUCCAGUAAUAUACCACUCACUACGGUGCCCAGAAAUGGGAUCCUGUUCUGAUGAAAGAUGCAGCCAUUUUCAAAGAGAUGAAAUCAUUCCGGAAUUGCGUGCAUCGAGAAGGUAUCCAGGGUAUUCCGUAUGCGCAUCCUCAUGCGGAGGACUCGCAUGCGGCUGUCUAUUACCACUACCCUCAUGCUCAUUUUAUAGGUUCGUACAUCAACCUAGAUCAAAAAUCGCUUACGAAGUAGUAGAUUGCUUGGAAUGGAAGCCAGUAGUCACGCUAGAGGUGCACACGAUCUGGUACAACACUGCGAAAAAAGCUCGAUACGUGUUGCAGCCCUACGUUGAACAAACGGUUGGAGACUUAAAAAUGACUGUAAUUUCCAUUCAACAGCCUAAAUCUCCUAUGAUGAACAGACGAUUCGCGAUAAGUUCCAAGGACGCUGUUAUGAUACCCGAUAACUAUAAGAUUCCUGUCGAAUGUGCAACAGAAAGAGCAGCUAUCAACAAUUUCCGAAAUUGCACACUCAUUUUGAGUGUACUUGCCAUUCGCGGUCGAAAGCUAGCUGCCACUGUCCGAUAG